AUGACUCUAGCACAUGUGGCAGCCCUCCUUGGAGGUGUUGUGCUUUCGGAGGCCGUGAGACUCCUCAAUCAUUAUGGCUACUACAGCAACUUAUCGAAGCUCUUCGAGAAACGUGCAGAGCUGGUUGUCUGUAUCCUCAUGGGCUACUUCACAAGCAAGAUAUGCGAGGAGUCUUCUUCAAUGAUCGCUUCAAUCAUGUUACAUGUCGUCUUUGCUGGUUACGGAGUGUUUGUCGACGGAUUGCUUCGUUCGACUCAGGUCUUGCCCAACUUGCAGUCAGAACACCAGAGUGCCUGCUUCAGAACCGCCAAUGUUGCUGAAUGCCGUGAGAUCAUCAAAAGUGGAACUGGUCCUGCAGCUCCGAAGAACACUCUAUCUGCACUCGAAGCUCGCGCUCGCCCCAAUCAACGCCUGAAGUUGGCUUUUGGUAUCCACAGCUGCUUUACCUCCUCGGACGAGAAAUCAUGCAGGAACUUCAGAGCUUCUGUUGAGAAGUUGCUCUAUGUUGACGAGAAGGAAUGGGUCAACUUUGCCGCUGUUGCUCGUGAGACUGCAAAGGAAGCUCUUGAUGGCGACAACGGAGAUACAGCAAGCUUGUUCGGUGUGGUCCAACUCCUGACUCUCAAGACUAUGUUGAGAGUGCUGUGGCCUGAUCGCGAUCCAAAGCAAAGCACGAACGAGCAGAUCUCUGCGCUUGCUCAUGGAGUAAAUAUGCAGUGGCUUCGCUCCAAGGAAGCCAACGACAGCGACGACCCAUCUUGGCUUUUCGACAAGCAGACUUCACUCAAGGACGCCGUCAAAGCUGUCUUUCCAGAUUGGGUUGAGGCAAACAGCAACGAAAAUCUGUGCAACUUGAUCCUUCCUGGCUACGAGACCAUGUGGCGCGUAGUCCUCCGCUGCUUCGUCGAAGUCAAAGCUCGCAAUCACAAGCAAGCUGGCGGUUGGGAGAACGUCUUGAAGAGCUUCUCGAAAGAACCAACAAAGCAGAAGCUUGAAGCCGAGUUGACCCAAUCUGAUCCUAGAGUGGCAGCCGUACAUGUUGCGAAAGAGGCUCUUCGUCUUUACCCACCCACCAGACGCAUCUAUCGUGAGCAUCGCGAUGCUGAUGACCAGAAACCCAAUGUUUCUGCUGAUGUCGAGGCUAUGCAACGUGACUCAGAUGUCUGGAAGGAACAACCAGAUAUCUUCAAACCGGAAAGAUGGAUUGGCAAAGAAGAAGGCUACGAUCAAGGCUAUAUGCCUUUUGGAGCAAGGCCCUUCAACUGUCCUGCGAAGAGGUGGAGAAACGUACCCAUGCCAUUCGGCCUGUCUAUGAUCGCUUUGCUCGUGGGCACAUUGAUCGAGGUCACGGAUGCCAAAUGGGAGAUUCAUGGAGACUUCUCGGACAAAGAGGAGCCGCUCGAUACUGAUCGUGAGGCACACGGCGCAGCAUUCUUGCAAAGAAAGAGUUCUUGA